AACUUUUCUAAACCCAGAAUCUUCAUAAUAAUUUUCGUGUUCCUUCAAUAUCAGAUGGCAUUGUUGAACAUUGGUGCUGGAAAUAGUGAUGAUGCCUUCUACAGGUAUAAGAUGCCAAAAAUGAUCACCAAGAUUGAAGGUCGAGGAAAUGGCAUUAAAACAAACAUAGUCAACAUGGUUGAUGUUGCAAAGGCAUUGGCAAGGCCUGCUUCUUAUACAACCAAGUAUUUUGGUUGUGAGCUUGGUGCACAGUCUAAAUUUGAUGAAAAAACAGGGAUUUCUCUUGUUAAUGGAUCCCAUGACACUGCUAAACUUGCAAGACUUCUUGAAAACUUUAUCAACAAAUAUGUGCAGUGUUAUGGUUGUGGAAACCCUGAAACUGAGAUAUUUAUAACUAAGAAUCAGAUGAUACAAUUGAACUGUGUUGCAUGUGGUUUUGUUUCUGAUGUUGAUAUGAUGGAUAAGUUGACAAGUUUCAUAUUGAAAAAUCGAGCUGAACCGAAGAAGAGGUCAGACAAGAAGGCGAUGAAGAGAGCUGAAAAAGAGAGACCCAAGAAACGUGAAGCUGCUGCCGCUGCUACUGAUGAUGUGCAAUGGCAAACUGAUACAUCAAUGGAGGCAGCUCGGCAGCGAAUAAAGGAGCAGUUGACUGUUGCAACAGCAGAUAUGGUCAUGUUAUCAACCGAAAAGAAACCGAAGGUGACGACCAAGGCAAGCAACAAGGGACAGAUGAUUGCUCUGUUAGAGGCCUUAUUUGAAGGCAUUGAGAAAGGGUUUGCAAAAGAAGUGAUUAAGAAGAAAAACUACCUUGCUCUUGCUGCUAAAGACAAGGAAUCUCAGUUGCUUCUACUUAAAGCCAUAGAGUCAUUUUGUGGAAAAGCUAACUCAAAUGCAUUGAAGGAAGUUGCUUUAGUUUUGAAAACACUCUAUGAUGUUGAUGUAUUAGAGGAGGAAUAUGUACUUCAAUGGCAUCAACAAGGUUUGAAAGGGAAGAACAAAGGGUCUCAGAUAUGGAAGAAUGUAAAGCCUUUUAUUGAUUGGCUUCAAAGUGCAGAAUCAGAAUCUGAAGAAGAAUGACAUUCUUGUGUGUUGGCAUUUUUAAGGUAUUUUCUGCUACUAAGAAUAAAAAGUGGAUAGUUAAUCUGCUUGUCUGAUUUCGGGGUUUUUUUAGCUUUAUUGAUUAAGUGUUUAUUUUAUGAUUUUUUGUGUCUGAUAUUAAGGAUUUGGUCUGGUUGCCUGAUUUGUUGAUUUGUGCUAAUAGAACAGUCCCUUUGUUUAAACAUUCAUAUAGUAGAGAAGCAAUAGAUGAUCAUCAGCUCAUUUUUCUUUUCA